GACGAUGAAGCUUCCGGUGCUUCCACUUCCGGCCGGAAGCGCUGUGUCAGGGUGCAGGGACUGAGCAAGAUGGCGGCUGCGGCAGUAAUUGAGUUUCAGAGAGCACAAGAAAUGGUGGGGACGGACCGUGCGGCGAGUAUAGACAUACUGCAGUCUAUAGUGAAGCGAGACAUCCAAGAAAGCGAUGAGGAGGCCUUGCGAGUCAAGGAGCAGAGUAUCAUGGAGCUGGGCGGGCUUCUGGCCAAGACGGGACAAGCUGCAGAACUUGGGGGACUCUUAAAAUAUGUCCGACCCUUCCUGAAUUCUAUCAGCAAAGCCAAAGCAGCCAGACUUGUGCGCUCUCUUCUGGAUUUGUUUCUUGAUAUGGAAGCAGCAACUGGUCAGGAGGUGGAGCUCUGCCUAGAAUGCAUUGAAUGGGCCAAAGCUGAGAAAAGAACCUUCCUACGCCAAGCACUGGAGGCACGACUUGUAUCACUGUACUUUGAUACCAAACGAUAUCAAGAGGCGUUGCAUUUAGGUUCCCAGCUACUCAGGGAGCUAAAAAAGAUGGAUGAUAAAGCCCUCCUGGUUGAAGUACAGUUACUGGAAAGCAAGACCUAUCAUGCUCUUAGCAACUUACCGAAAGCUCGCGCUGCACUGACAUCAGCACGUACCACCGCCAAUGCCAUCUACUGUCCUCCCAAGCUGCAGGCUGCUUUAGAUAUGCAGUCAGGCAUUAUCCAUGCUGCGGAGGAGAAGGAUUGGAAAACGGCAUACUCUUAUUUCUAUGAAGCAUUUGAAGGAUACGAUUCAAUAGAUAGUCCCAGAGCUAUUACAGCCCUGAAGUACAUGCUGCUGUGUAAGAUUAUGCUGAACACCCCUGAGGAUGUGCAAGCCCUGGUCAGUGGCAAGCUGGCGCUCCGUUAUGCUGGACGACAGACAGAAGCAUUGAAGUGCGUGGCUCAAGCUAGCAAGAACCGUUCACUUGCCAACUUUGAGAAGGCAUUGACAGAUUAUAAGGCAGAAUUACAGGAUGACCCGAUAAUCAGAACGCACUUGGCUAAACUGUAUGACAAUUUGUUGGAACAAAAUCUAAUCAGAGUGAUUGAACCAUUUUCCAGAGUACAGAUUGAUCACAUAUCUAGCCUCAUUAAGCUAUCCAAACCUGAGGUGGAACGUAAACUCUCUCAGAUGAUCCUAGACAAGAAAUUUCAUGGUAUCCUAGACCAAGGAGAGGGUGUCCUGAUCAUUUUUGAUGAGCCCCCUGUGGAUAAGACAUAUGAAGCCGCUUUGGAGACCAUCCAGAAUAUGAGCAAGGUUGUGGAUUCUCUGUACAACAAGGCCAAGAAACUGACAUAGACCUCCAGAACGUCUGGCCUUUGGACAGUCUGAGUGGCAGGAGCGACACCCCCAUCUUUGUGGGGUGGUGGGAUGGGGGAACAUUUUAUUUUCUGUAACAAAAUUUUGUUUUCACUCUGAGCAUUUUUUAAUGUCCAGCCUUGACCUCCUUAUAGUUCCCAUUUAUUACUCACAGCCCAAAGGGUCUUGCAUAUUAUUCUACACUGAUCUCAACCACUGUAUUAAUUUCCAGUCAAUGAAUAAUCCUGAGGUAGUGAUUCAUUCUGCCUUGUUUUAUAGGGUUUUGUGUUAUCGGCAAGCAGGCCUCAGGAUUUCUUCAGAGCUAAUGUGUGGUACCUAAAGUUCUCUAGCUCCCAUUUAAAAAUAUCUCAGCUAGGUUACACUUUGGCACAAACAGAGCGGGUGUGAAGGGAGGGUGGGUAAUGGACGGCUUUGCUCUAGAAUGGGUUUCCUACUUUCUAGUAAGUUAAAUAAAUAUAUAAUUGUUCCUUAAAAGGGUAUUACGUUUGCUGCUCCCCACAUUACCUCUUCAUCCUGGGCUCCUGCCCCUGCUAAAAUCCCGUUAAUAUUUUGGGUUUUGGUAUCCCAUACAAGGUGCAGUUCCCACCAGCUGAAGCCAGAGUAUAUCUGAUGUUCAGAUGUGUUCCAAUAAAGAUCUUUGUUUUGUUUGUU